CGACGUCCCCAAUUCCAUAUCCACUUUGGUCCAACGGCUUCAAACGGGCCGUACCGUGGUGACGUUAUUCAAGUUUGCACAAUGGCGAGCGAAGCUAAACAGCGCGAUCAUGAUCUUCUAUCAUUCAUGUCUACCUUUCUCGUCACGCACCAGCGUCUCGAUCUUUCUCUGACUUUACUUAGCGUUCUUAUUGACGAUGCCAGUAUCGACGUUCAAGUCCGGUCCAACAAAGGAGGCUAUUUCUCAGUAUGUCUCGCAAGGUCGAAAGAUCUCCUCGAGGCCCGCUUCCUCAAUGGCAACGAUGACAUAUUGCCAGAUGCAAGAAAUCUACCAGAGCUUGUCGCAGUCAAAAUUCCGCGGCCAGAUGGUGAUCUCAACAGUGCUCGGAGUCGCAAGAUGUGGUCUUCCAUGGCCAUGGAGUUGCAAAUCCUGCGAAACAAAUUUAUCAAGAACCAUCCCAACAUUGUACAGUUCUUGGGUAUCUGCUGGAAGACUGUCAAAGACGGAGUUCUGAUGCCUUCGUUCGUACUCGAGGCUGCCGAAAUUGACCUGGAAAAAUACUUGGACAAUCCGAAAGCUGUGGAAUAUCGCAAGGUAUUGGGUCUCGCCGUGGAUAUUGCCACAGGCGUUCGAGCUUUGCACGACGUUGGAAUCAUACAUGGCGACAUCAAACCAGCAAACGUUCUCAUCUUCAAGGAUCCCCAACUGACGUACGUCGCCAAGAUCGCUGACUUUGGUUCAUCCCUUCUUCGCUCAGACAUCAAAUCUCCGAUGAAGCUCUCAUUCGGCUCAGGAUUCUGGCAAGCACCCGAAUGCCGCGAUCAUCUGGACGGCGAACAACUUACAAAAGCGGAUGUUUACUCUGUCGGCCUUGUUCUCUGGCGAUUACUCGGUGGUGACAUGAUGCACCUGUCACUGGACGCAGUAAAAGAUGAUGGCUUGACGAGAGAUGCGUUCUUCGAACAGAUGAAACGAAAUGAAGAGAAGAGGAUUCCAGCUCUGGUUUACCAUUGUCUCAUGCGAAUGGAGAAUAUCCUGGGUCCUGAAGAGAAAUCAGAGGCUUCUAGAAGCAUGUAUUCGAUCCACAAAGUCGUUGACGACAUGGCCUCCGUUAUCAUGAUGACAUUGGUCCAGCCGAAAUCGCGAUCUAGUAGUAAAUCGCUGCUGGGGAAUAUGAGGAUCGUCAUGCAUCAGUAUCUCAUAUGGGAAGAGUUUCGUGGAUUCUACACGGAAGACUUCAAGAACGGGCCUACUAAGCUAAACCCGCAAGAACAAGACAUAUGGCUUCAGCCAGGCCUUGACGAACCGACCGAAGACGAUGUCAAGAGAGUCCUGCGUUUGGGAAGGUCGAUGGAGUGGCUAAAUCAGUCUCUCAGCCACAUCAAACUUGGCGGCUCGGUUUCAGAUGUCCCAGGAAUGGACCAAGUGCCUGAGAAGGUUGCUGCUACUCAUGUUGGCGAAACCUGGAAACGAUGGCGAAAGCUGAGAGAUCCGAAGCCCGACGAGGCGAUAACCCUUCGACCGGGACGAGCGGUACUCGAGGCAGACUCUUCCAUGGGAACUUUAAGAGUCUUACCACCCGAGAUCAUCAGUAACGUUAUGCGAGAAGUAAAGAGAGUCGCGAAAGAUCCCAAGGAAGAAACAGGUCGUCGUACAGAAGCAGCAUGGCAGUACGCAAUGUUCUACCUUCGAACUGUUCAGCUCCACCCCAAAAGCCAAGGCACAAUUGAUGAAUCACUUUCACUGCUUCUUCAAGCAGCAGAAGGAGGUCACUCAGGCGCUCGCGGGAUUGUUAGCCACCUUUACCACUCUCUGGAGAGAGAGUUCCCGAGGUCGAGGGAAACAGAGCUGGCCUGGCUGCGAGAUGGUGUUUGCCACGGCAGUGAGACUGCGAAGCGCCGCAUCCAAUUCUUGGAUCUGGAUUUACACGUCCAAGCAACAGAUUUGCUGCGAACAAGGUACUCUGGUCUCGGAAUCGAAACUCCACCGCAAUACUGGGAUCAAGAGACUCUCUCCGAUGACGAGUUAUUUCGCGAAACUCGAAUUCGCCAUCGUAUUGGUAUGGAUGCAAAUCAAGAACAAACAGGACUCCUAUGCGCGAUAUCUAACCGCCUUGAUCUCUUGAAGCAACUGACGGAUCAUGGCUUUGUGAAUGUCAACCAUCUAAACGAAUGGAACGAGUCACCUCUUCUAUGGGCGUCAAGAGCAGGGCACAGAGACGUUGUGUUCCAUCUUUUGGACUGCGGUGCUGAUCCUUCGGUCGCUAGUAAUGAAGGGACUACUCCUCUUCAUUUUCUCAGCUCCUUUGAUGAAGAAGAUGUGCAUGAGGUGUGUCGGCGUUUGAUCGAUGCUGGUGCUGACCUAGAAGCUCGUUCUAAGUCUGGACAUCGGUAUCGACAAGGCCUGGAUUCCACAUACGGAGAUGUUGAUGGAACACCCCUCACUUGGGCCGUUGCAGCAAAUAACAGAGUCGCCGUCCAGGCCUUAGUCACGUCUGGUGCGAAUCCAUUUGAUCUUCCCGGCUUGGAGAUUUCAUACUCUGAUACUUUUGGAGGCAUGGCUCACGUCUCACCCAUCUGGUUCUCUGCGAUGAACCAUCAAUACUACAUGCUUGAGAUCCUAUUGGGGAACGUAGCUAAAGAGGAGAUAAGGGACUUUCUCAACACGUACCGACGAAAGUUUGGAUCAAAUGAUAUCUCGGGGCAGGAUAAUCCGAUCAUCGCCUGGUGCGUAACAUAUGCCGCCCAGGGUAUCGGACGGAGAAUUCUUCUACAUGGAAAACAUCACCAAGAAGCUUUUACCAAGACUUUCGACAUACUGGUUGGCUACGGCGCUGAUACAGACGACAUCCAUCGUCUCGCAGUUCAAUGCGCACAGCCAUUCGUCCUCGACUACCUCCUCGGCUCUGGAAAGAUACCCAAGCCAACACCACGGAAAUGGAUGGAGUUUGUCCUCAUCGCAGGCGCUACACAAGAUUGGAUAACGUUCGAUGUCCUACUUCGACAUUCGCAGGCAGACAGCCUACCACCAGAGCAAUGGCAUCUUUACUACGGUUCUUUCAGGGGCUUGCCAAAUAAUGUUGAGUGUCUGGACGUAUUCCGGAAACACAGAGACCCCAAGACAGAUUUCUACCUCCAUUACACCAAAGCCCUCAUGAGUGGAAAGUUCAUUCUAGCUCGCUGGUUCUACGACACUGGUUUGUGUGAUCUUACUCAACAAGUCAGUACAUCAGACGAGACUAUUCUGGGUCUACUCCUCCGGCGCUGCAAAUCUUACUCCAACGCGAUUCUUCAACUUGAGCAGGUCUUACAACUGGGUCUUCCGGAUUCUUGCUUCUGGAAUGUAUGCAACAUGUCUGACUCAAGCUUCACAGCUCUUCACCAAGUUGCGUAUUUUCCCGAAUAUCAAACCAGCAGCACUAUGGCCAACACAGCGCUGAGACUGAUCGUGCAGAAAUGGUAUGAACCGGAACAUCUUAACGCUCAAGUCACAGAGGGGGAGUUCAAGGGGCGAACGGCGCUGCACAUAGCCGCUCUGACAGCCAACGUCGGCGCUGUUCGAUACUUGCUCCAAGAGGAAGAAGAGUCUCUUGACCUUACACUGCUCGACUGCAACAACUUCAGCAUCGUCGAUACAGCGGCUUGGGGGUUAAUGAGCCAACAAGGUCGCAUUAAACUCUGGGAUCUUCCGAAAGAGUAUCACAAGUCAGCCGAUUUAGACCACUGGCGAAAUAUCAUGGAGAUCCUGGUACGAUUGUUGAAAGCUGGCGCUAAGCCGAAUAAGAUUGGUCUCGCUGUGACGAGGACAGAACAGGAGAAGAUUCAGGUUUUUGACCUUGAGAAGUUCAAAGUCUUUACUGUUCCGUUUUUGUUUUUUGGAGACAAGUUCCCGAAAGAAUUGGGAGGGGAGAGAUUCUGGGUUGAGGCUUCGAAGUUGAAGGUUGAUCAGACGUUUUUUAUUGCGAGUGCGGAAAGUCUGAGUGAUGAGGAGAGGGAGGCUGGCGUUAUGACGAGGGUUGCGUCUUUCUAUUAA